GCCGUUUGGCGUUGGCUGUGUUCCGCGUGCUCCCACCACCGCGCCGCACAGGUAACGGGUCGCGCGCUGAUUGGAGGGGGUACCCGGCACCGUGCGCCUUGGCCGUGUGCACAUCUUUGGGCAGUAGCGUCCAGUGUUUCCAGGACAGCCGACGAGCGCAGCACUGCAUCAUGAGGUGGUUAACAGUUGCUGCUCUUCUGUUAUUUACCAUACUUGCCCUUGCAGAGGCAGGAGAUAUGAUGAGGAAAUCUAUUGUGUUUGACAAGAAAACUCCGGAAGUAUUUUACUGUCCACAACACAAACCAACAGGUUUUGAUAAAUUAAUAGUGAGGGCAAGACCUCUUAGUAAGCUGUGUGAACAUGGUGGGAAGGCAUUACCAGAUGAUUACAAGUCAGACUGUUACAAUGAUGUGGAUGAAUCAGAAUACGCGUGCAAAGAAAAGAACCGUAUCAUGAUGAGGCUGCAUCCUCCAGGGAUGGAAAAAGCAGAACCAUACAAAAUAAGAGGAAAAAUCCUCAAGAAACCUUGAAAAAUUGCAUAUUUCCUUUCGAAUUAAUUUAUUUACUGUGAAUGACUGGACUCUGUGAUUCUGUGGCUUUCCUUUACAAAGAACAGGAGGCUAACAAAAGUACUGAAAUACUACUUAUUUAUGACCUUUACUGGUUCUGUGAUGAUUAUAAUAUAAAAGUGACAGUAACAAAUUGAUAGGCGGGUGAAUAGGGAUUCAUGUUACACAUUUUGUUCAGUUUUUUUCCUCAAACUGAUAUGAUCCCUUUAUCUAAAAUACUUUGUUACAUCUAAUAUUAAUCAUGAUAAUAUUGCUAUUAAAAUUACUAGAAGAAGUCCGAUUUAAUACUGUUGCUUUUUUCAUAUUUUCAGAGAUAUGUACAAGUUUAUGUUGUGAAGUAACACUAUUGCACAUGAGAGAUUUAUCCUCACAGCUCUAAAAAUAUAUGGUGACUGAAACACUAGAGAUUUUGUCUAAUGUUUAUUAAAAUGUUGUAUACUUUUGCUUGCCAUUAUUUGUUAAUAAAAUACAGUCCUAUUUUUAAAAGACCAUUUUUAUAACUAAUGUACAGAGAAGCUAUUUUCUUUCAAAACAUUGGUGAUAAUAAUAAAGGCAUUUGAACAUAACAUA